ACCACAAGCCUGAUAGGGCCUGCCCACUCCCCCACGUUGACGGGGGGAGGGCAAACAGGGAGGAGCAGCUUCUUAUUUCCUGAGGCCGGUGAGCUGUGAGACGCGUCUCUUCUCAGUCUCAGAUGCCUUCACUCGACUCGAACGAACAUGGCACCACCGCUGCCGUGCUUUGCACUGCCUAUUCUUCUUCUUCUUAUUAUUAUUAUUAGUAGUAGCACUACUGUCAGUGGUUUUGUGGAAAGAUAUGUAAACCCGGGAGACUCGGUUAAGAUAACGGUAAAUGGGACCUGCCCCACGGGCGACGUGCUCGCCCUGAUUCGCUUGCAUCAGACUGAUGUGGUCAGACCACCGACAGAUGUGACCAAACGCGUUAACGGUGUUUGGCAGGAAGAGGAAACUUACUCUGGACGGAUCGCUCACGAUUCUGCGGUCUCAUUCAUCAUCUUAAAAGACGUGAAUUCCAACGAUGGCGGACAUUACGUGGUCACCUGCGGCGGCAGAGACCUCCCCGGUCCCAUCCAGCUGAAGGUCGCGGUUCCCUUUGACAAAGUUGUCCACGAGGGUGCAUCGGCCACGCUCCCGUGCCAUCACGCCACUGUGGCCGAACGCGUUAAGCGCGUGAGAUGGGAAAAGGACGGGGACCUCGUCCUGGAGCAGGACAGGUCCUCAUCUGAGACGGCUGGAUCAGGAAGAGGCAGAGAGCGAAAGGCAUCCGUCCCAGAGGACUGGUACUCCAAGGGAAAUCUGUCGCUCACUUUGGACGGAGUUCGGCCGGAGGAUGAAGGAAACUACGUUUGCUACGUCGUCGGAGACGGGACCAGAAAGAGGGGGGACCCUGGUAACGUGAGGGUGACAGUCAACAGGAGAGGAGACAAACUCAUCGCCUCCACAACCCCAACGCAGACACCGGAAGUCAAAGAAAGCAGCUUUUCAACGCGGCUCAUCGUCAGCAUCGCCUUCAACGGGUUGCUUCUGCUUCUGCUUGCUGCUGGAGUCAUUUGUUGGCUGAAAACCCGCACACCCGGCGAUGCUGGACCUCAGAGGGAAGACCGGGUCCUAUAUCAUGGCCCCGAUUCUGUUUGUGUAGCUGAUGGGGACGUUUCAGGACACUGACUUGUGUUUGAAUUACUGCUUUAGGUAUCCGCUCGGAUUAUUAGAUCGCAUUAAUCACAUUAUUAGGAAGCACUUCCUCUCUUCUGUCCACGUAGUAUCUUUAUUUUAUAUACACGAGCAUUACUAAAGCUUGUGUGAAAUAAUGAAGAAAAACAGCACAAGACUUUACUGUUAAAAGUUCGUGCGAUAUUUAACAUUACGGGCUUUACUGGUCCGUUUCUUUGCUAAUACAAUUGGUAAUUCCAUUUUAAAUUUAACCCUCUUUUGAUUGUGUUUUCGUGUGUGUGCGUGUGGUUUUGCAGAGUUUGAGAACGAAACUGUAACAAGUUUUGGUUAGGCUUUUGGUUGUGUUUUUUAAAGAGCAGACACGUGGGGAGUUACUGUGUUAUUGUGGAGAAAAGGAGAAAUAAAUUAGGCCUUUAAAUGUUUGAAUCAAAGCACAUUUGGAAACCUUUCAAACUUCAUGAGGUUUGGAGAAAUGGUCAGCUGUCACCUUCCUGUCUGUGUUUUCUAGAAACUGGUCGUCUUAUUUAAAAAAAUAAAUUACAUUAAAUGUUAUGGCGCCUUUCUGUCACAAAGAUGAGUCCUAAACAG